UGGUGUGUGUUUUGACUCGGUGCGUGACGGAUUUGCCAGCAGCCUGCCCCUUGCGGACAGCUGCCCCAAUGCUGGAUCGCAGAACCAGGAUGGACAGCUCCAAGAAGGAGAAGGUGGAGCAGAUCCUGUCGGAGUUCCGGCUGCAGGAGGAGGAUCUGAAGAAGGUGAUGCAUCGGAUGCAGAAGGAAAUGGAUCGGGGGCUGAAGCUGGAGACGCACGAGGAAGCCUCUGUAAAAAUGCUGCCCACUUACGUACGCUCCACGCCCGAAGGCUCAGAGGUCGGGGACUUCCUGUCGUUAGAUCUCGGCGGCACCAACUUCCGCGUGAUGCUGGUGAAAGUGGGCGAAGGGGAAGAACGGCAGUGGAGUGUGACGACAAAGCACCAGAUGUAUUCCAUCCCCGAGGACGCCAUGACGGGAACUGCCGAAAUGCUGUUCGAUUACAUCUCCGAAUGCAUCUCCGACUUCCUGGAUAAACACCAGAUGAAACACAAAAAGCUGCCUCUGGGCUUCACAUUCUCCUUCCCCGUGAGGCAUGAGGAUAUUGACAAGGGGAUCCUUCUGAACUGGACGAAGGGUUUCAAAGCAUCAGGCGCUGAAGGGAACAACAUUGUGGGGCUCUUGCGGGAUGCUAUCAAGCGCCGAGGGGAUUUCGAGAUGGACGUGGUCGCCAUGGUCAAUGACACAGUGGCUACAAUGAUUUCCUGUUACUAUGAAGAUCACCGGUGCGAGGUUGGCAUGAUAGUGGGUACCGGCUGCAACGCCUGCUACAUGGAGGAGAUGGAGAACGUGGAGCUGGUGGAGGGGGACGAGGGCCGGAUGUGCGUGAACACCGAGUGGGGAGCCUUCGGGGCCUCGGGGGAGCUGGACGAGUUCCUCCUGGAGUACGAUCGGGUGGUGGACGAGACCUCACUUAACCCCGGGCACCAGCUCUACGAGAAGAUGAUCGGAGGCAAGUACAUGGGAGAGAUCGUACGGCUGGUGCUGCUAAAACUGGUCAAUGAAAAUCUGCUCUUCCACGGGGAGGCGUCCGAGAAACUGAAAACCAGAGGCAGCUUCGAAACCCGCUUCAUCUCGCAGAUCGAAAGCGACGCCAAUGACCAGAAACAGACCUACAACAUCCUGACAUCCUUCGAGCUGCUGCCCUCACUCACGGACUGUGACAUCGUGCGGAUGGCGUGCGAGAGCGUCUCCACGCGGGCAGCACAGAUGUGCUCGGCGGGGCUGGCCGGCGUGAUCAACCGCAUGCGGGAAAGCAGGGGCGAGGAGAGGCUGAAGAUCACCGUGGGCAUCGAUGGCUCGGUCUACAAGCUCCACCCCAGCUUCAAAGACCAGUUCCAUGUGACCGUCAGACAGCUGACGCCCGGCUGCGACAUCACCUUCCUCCAGUCAGAGGAGGGCAGCGGCAGGGGGGCCGCCCUGAUCUCGGCGGUAGCGUGCAAAAUGGCCCGCCUGAUUGGCCGGAAUUAAAACGAGACGGGCACAUCAAAACGGCUUCCAAUCCACACAAACGGCGGUCGAGGGUUGUGUUUCUCUCAGCCAAUCAGGUGCGUGGACGUUGGGGCGUGUCAGGAGCCCGCGACCGGUGGCAGGCUGGCGUGUGCUUGUGGGGAGGGCAGGCGAUAGGACUAGAGCCCAGGCAGGAGGCGGAGGCAGGAUAGAGACUGGCCUCUCCGUUAACCGGCGGCCCUGGUGUGGCUGGGCCUGCUGAGGCCAGGCUGGAAUGGAGCUGGCGGGAAUCUCAGGCAGGAGAGCAGCUUGGGGGGUUUCACUUCCCCUCCCGCCCUUUCCUGUCCCUCCAGAUCUAGCUGCCGAACAUAGCCAAAAGCUUUGCCUCUGGUCUUCCCCCGUCUCCGGCCAGCCCCUCCGUGGUGCAGCCCGGGUUCCUUUAGGAAUAGCAAUAGAUCCUCUCUCUUCUGGUUGUGCCCAAAGGCCGGCGGCCCCAUAGCACCGGCUGUGGUACGAACACCAAUGAAGAGAUGUUCCUUGCGGUGGACUGACCUCCUGGUAUCCCUGCCCCUGAUGCGCUGGGACAGAGCCCCCAACCGGGAACGCUCCCCAGCCCACCCCUUUCCAUCUGGAAGUCCAGCUCUGGGGCUCGCCGUCCUCCUCCCAAGCACACCUAAUCCUUGGCCUCCCCGGGGUGCACCUCCUGCUCACAAGGAGGAGGCUGCCGCGGAGUAAAUCCUGCCCUGUGCUGCUUGGCUGGCCUCAGGCUGGUUUCGCAGAGGCAACAGAAAUUCAGGAAACCAGGGCAAACCCCAGCGCAAGAACUGCUCUCUCUGGGGAACCUUUCUGUCGGGAGCAGAUACAGAUGGGGGGCAGAUACCUUCUCUCAUAUGUGACCAAAUGGCCUGCUGUGAGUUGGCCAUCUGUGAUCCCUGUGCCACAUGGCCCAGACUUCCUCUUGGGGGGAGGCUAGGGGAAGGCUGGAGGGCUUUCUGCUGGACCCCCUCCCCCCCCACACACACAUACACAGCAGCCAGCCAUGGCUGCACAGUCUGUGUUGGUCUGAGGUCCGGUGUACGUCUCUUUGUUGCCAAGCGUUUGAAAUCUUCAGGUACCCCUCCCGCCCUCUCAGGCUAACGUUGAUUAGGCUGUACCUCUCCUGAGGGGGACCAGUGCUGCUGUUCGUGAGCCAGACACAUUGCCAUUCCCACUCCCCCACACAUACAGCCUGCGUGUGCCCGUGCAGCGUGCACACCCCCGUGCACAAAGCCCACCGGGUGCAUGCUUUCACCCACUCACCGUCCCACGGGACGUGCGUCGCACUGCGCCUCGUCAGAUAAGCAUCAUGCAUGUGCGCGCCAGGCCAUACAGACUCACGCAUCUCUGAUCCCCCACCCCACACGGGUGCAUGUACCGUCCUUGUAUACCCAAUCCAUCUGCAGGACGCCUCAGCUGGACAUACAGGGCUUCCACUCAUUUUUUUUUCUGUACAUAAGAAUAAAAUCAUUCUGAUGCUCUGGGCGUGACUGUUUAGUAGCGAUGAAAUUCACCCUAACAGCGUAUUAGACUUUAGCCUGUAUUUGAUGUUAAAAUAAUUCCCCACCCACCCCUACUGAUGGCACCCUGCCCACAUCAGACAUGGAGGUGUGGAGGGGGGGCACGUAUCCUUGAGCUAAAGUCCCCCUCACUCAAUCAAAACACAAUGUAAGAACAGAGAAGAUGCAUGUAGCGUCCAGACAGCCUUUGUGAAUAGCACGAUCUACCCCUCUGCGGGGCUCCGAGGGGCAUCGUAUUGGAAGUGCCGUCUGUGGUAGGUAAUAUGCAUGGAGCUAUGCUUCCUAAUGCCAGAACUGGUCAUGUAGGAGCCAGCUGUAGGACACAAGCCAGGUCUGGAAGAGGCCAGCAGUUGCCCUCUGAGCUCUUGCUCUUCUGAAGCUCCUGACCCUAGAGAGGACUGUCCUGACAGGUCCCAGCCCCUUGCUUUCCCCCUGUGUCAGUGUACUGCUGGCACUGUCUGCGUCACAUCCCCGAGCUGUCAGAGCUGCCUGGCCAUCAGUAUUUCCUACGCAGCCUGGUUGUUCCUGGCAGCGACAAGAGGAUGAUAUUUUGGGAUCGGGGAACGGGAGCGUCCUUUAUCCUCCCCAUUAGAGAGGGUCAAAAAAGCCCCCAAAUCCUGAUUCGAAUCCAGCUUUCAUUUCCAAAUUUUCCUGCAAAAAAUUUCGAACAGACAAUGUUUCCUUUGGAAUUGUUGGCAGAAAAAGUUUGCAAGGAAAUCUGAUUCCGAAUCGAGAUAUUUUUCUUGCCGUUUGGUUUUCACAAAGCAUGAUGUUUUCAGACAUCUAGACGUCUGUUGUUCCUUUUAGUGUUGAAGGCCAGAAGGGACCAUUGUGAUCCUCUGAUCUGACCUCCUGUAGAGCAUAGGCCAAAGACCUGCCCCGCAGUCAUUCCUAGAGCAGAUCUGUUAGAAAUCUAGCAUCUUCGUUUGAAAAUUUAAUUACGGAGAAUCUACCGCAACCCUUGGUAAAUUGUUCCAGUGGUGAAUUACCCUCAGUGUCAAAAGUUUACACCUUAUUUCCAGUCUGAAUUUGUCUAGCUUCGACUUUCAGCCAUUUGGAUCGUGUUAGACCUUCCUCUGCUAGACUGAAGAGCCCAGUAUUAAAUAUUUGUCCCCCACGUCGGUACUG